GGUCGUUAUGGUGUUUUCAUACAAAUCAGAUUUAGUACUCAAAAUAAUUACAAUAUUAUUUGUGCUCGCAAUAUCAACUCAACUUAGAGCAGAUAAAUCGUCUACACUCGAAAUGUCAGGCUUAUAUUCGUGCGGCUUUGAGGUAUUUGGACGAGUGCAAGGUGUUUUCUUUCGCAAGUACACAGAGAAGCAGGCCAAUCAACUGGGAGUGCGUGGCUGGUGCAUGAAUACCAGAGAUGACACCGUAAAGGGUAUAUUGGAGGCACCGCUAGCGCCCCUUAACGAAAUGAAACAUUGGUUGCAGACCACAGGUAGUCCCUCCUCAAGAAUUGAUAAGGCUGUAUUUACGGAAACCAAGGAAAUUAGCAACUACAACUUCAACGACUUCUCAAUCAAACGUUGAUUCGUCUAACACCCAAAUAUUUAUAAUACGAAGCAAGCACCGUCAAUUUGUGAUCCCUAAUCCCAAAAACUCAUUAUGUAUUUUUGUUUUGUCAUUUAUUUAUUUAAUUGAGUAGCUUACAUAAAAUUUUAUUUAUCGUCCGGAAAUCGAGCUUGUUUGGAUAGUUUAGUUUAGACAUGACUUGUAGGGUCCAUUCGGGUCAGUCUAAAGAUGUUUCUCCACUAGCUGCCUGAAAUUGGAAAACACUUAGAAAAAUACAUAGAAAUGAGCACUUUAUAUUUUCAUAAGACAAAUCAACUAGUGUCACGACAAUAUUUCAACUUAAAAUUGCAAAAUUGACGUUAUACAUAUUAUUUUUUGCAGAACCAUUCAAUUAAAUGACAUUAUAUUACAUAUACAAUAUUCCCGCAAGAACAAUAACAAAUAUAAUACUAUUUGAAACGC